AUGGAUCAGCAACGAUUCCUGCAGCAAUUGCAGAUCAUUCUCGACCCCUCCCAGGGCAAUGUUAAGGAAGCGACCGCUGUUCUGCAGAAGGAAUUCUACAGCCAGCCCGAGUCUCUAGUCCUCCUCAUCCAGAUUGCCACCGCCCACGAUGACUCCAACCUCCGUCAGCUCGCCGCUGUCGAGUCCCGAUCCCUCGUUGCGAAGCACUGGUUGAAGGUCGGCAAUGAGCAGAAGCCCCAGGUCCGGGAGCAGCUGCUCCGCUCCACCAUGGGCGAGAGCUCCUCCCUCGUUCGCCACUCUAUUGCUCGGAUUAUCUCGGCCAUUGCCAAGAUUGACCUGAACGACGGCGAGUGGGGUGAUCUGCCCAACAUUCUCCUCCAGGCUGCCGACAGCGGUAACCAGGACGAGCGGGCCGUUGCCAUCUACAUCCUCUUCACCAUCCUCGAGACUCUUGGCGAGACCUUCGAGGAGAAGUUCCAGGACUUGUUCACCCUAUUCAGCAAGACCAUCCAAGAUCCCGAGAGCGCCGAGGUUCGCAUCAACACCCUGCUGGCUUUGAGCAAGCUGGCUAUGUACAUUGAGCCCGAGCUGCACCCUGGUCCUGUCAAGGCUUUCCAGGAUAUGGUUCCCUCUAUGGUUGCUGUCCUCAAGAACGCUAUCGACCAGAGCGAGGAGGACCGCAUCAUGCAGGCCUUCGAGGUCUUCCAGACUCUCCUUGGCUGCGACUCUGCCCUCCUGAACGUUCACCUCAAGGACUUGGUCAUGUUCAUGAACGAGUUGUCCGCCAACACCGAGGUUGAUGAGGACACUCGCACCCAGGCCAUCAGCUUCUUGAUGCAGUGCAUUCAGUACCGUAAGACCAAGAUCCAGGGUCUUCGUGUUGGUGAGCAGCUUACUCGCACUGCUCUGCACAUUGUCACCGAGCUCGACGACGACUCCGCUGCCGAUGACGAUAUCACUCCUCCCCGCUCUGCCCUGGCGUUCCUCGAUUUGCUCUCCCAGACCCUUCCUCCCAGCCAGGUCGUUGUUCCUUUGCUCCAGGCUCUCGGCCAGUACUUCAACAACAGUGACCCUAACUACCGCCGUGCCGGUAUCCUCGCCCUGGGCAUGUGUGUUGAGGGUGCUCCCGAUUUCAUCAGCACUCAGAUGAAGGAUAUCUUCCCCAUUGUUUUGCAGCUGCUUGCCGACGGCGAGUACAAGGUCCGCAUGGCUUCCUUGCACACUGUUGCUCGUCUCGCCGAUGACCUGGCCGAGGACCUUGCUGCUCAACACCAGGCUCUUAUGCCCCUGCUCUUCCAGAACCUGACCAGUGCCAUGCAGGAGUACAAGGGUGAGGAGGAGGGCCCUAUCGUCGAUAUCAUCAAGGCGGGCAUCAGCGCCAUUGAUGCCGUCGUUGAUGGUCUCGAUGAGAAGGACGUUGCUCCUUACCAGUCUGAGCUCGUCCCCAUCCUCCACAACCUGUUCAAGCACCCCGACUUCAAGAUCAAGUCACUUGCUGCCGGUGCCCUUGGAUCUCUCGCCUCGUCCUCCGGCGACUCUUUCCUGCCCUUCUUCGACGACUCUAUGCACUUGCUGCAGGAGUUCGCCGCUGUCAAGGAUAGUGAGGCCGAGCUUGACCUGCGCGCCAGUGUCACUGACGCCAUGGGUGAGAUGGCCGCUGCUGCUGGUCCUGAGCGCUACCAGCCUUACGUGGAGCCUUUGAUGCGCGCCACUGAGGAGGCUCUCAACCUUGGUCACUCUCGCCUCAAGGAGAGCACCUACAUCUUCUGGGGCGCUAUGUCCAAGGUGUACGGUGAACACUUCACUCCCUUCCUCGAGGGUGCUGUCAACGGUCUUUUUGCCUGUCUUGAGCAGGAUGAGACCGACUUUGAUGUCUCUCUGGGUGAGAUGGGCAAGGACCUUGUUGGCCAGGAGGUGACCGUUGCCGGCCGCAAGAUCAAGGUUGCCAGUGCUGACGAUGACGAUGAGUUCGAUGGCGAGAUUGAGGACAUCGACAUUGGUGACGACGAGGAUGAUUGGGAUGAUAUCACUGCUACCACCCCUCUCGCUCUCGAGAAGGAGAUCGCUGUUGAGGUCAUUGGUGACCUUGUUACCCACACCCGCAGCUCCUUCUUGCCCUACUUCGAGAAGACUAUCGAGCAGGUCAUGCCCUUGUGCGAUCACCACUACGAGGGUGUUCGCAAGAGCACCAUCAGCACUCUUCACCGCUCCUACGCCAUGCUGUUUGCCAUUGCUGAGGAGAACGACCAGAUGGCCAAGUGGCAGCCCGGUCUUCCCUUGCAGGUUCAGCCUGCUAAGGAGGUCCAGAAGUUCGGAGAAAUCCUCAUGACUGCCACCAUUAAGAUGUGGACCGAGGAAGAGGAUCGUGCUACCGUUGCCGACAUCAACCGCAACAUGGCUGAGAACCUCCGCUUCUGCGGUCCCGCCCUCAUCGCUGAUGAGAGUGUUCUUACCAACGUGAUCCACCAGAUCACCGACAUCAUUUCGAAGAAGCACCCUUGCCAGAUGGAGUUCGAUGAUGAGGAGGAGACUGCCGAGGAGACCUCUGAGUUUGACUGGGUCGUCGUUGACACUGCUCUCGAUGUUGUCUCCGGUUUGGCUACUGCCCUUGGCUCCAGCUUCUCUGAGCUGUGGAAGGUGUUCGAGAAGACCAUCCUCCGCUACGCCAGCAGCAGCGAGUCCCUCGAGCGUGCCACCGCCGUCGGUGUUCUUGCUGAGUGCAUCAACGGAAUGGGUGGUGCCGUCACUCCCCUCACCAGCACAUUCCUCAAGCUGCUGUUGCACCGCCUCGCUGAUGAGGACCCCCAGACUCGCUCUAACGCUGCCUACGCCGUCGGUCGCUUGGUCGAGCACUCCAACGCCGGUGACGAGAUGGCCAAGGCCUACCCUACCAUCCUCACCCGUCUCGAGCAGUGUCUCCAGAUGGACGUUUCCCGCCUGCAGGACAACGCCACCGGCUGUGUUAGCCGCAUGAUCCUCCGCAACCGCGAGGCCGUCCCCAUCGCCGACGUUCUCCCCGUUCUGGUCAACAUUCUUCCCCUGAAGAACGACUACGAGGAGAACGACCCCCUGUACCGCAUGAUUUGCCAGCUGUACAAGUGGGAGGACGCCACUGUCCGCGAGCUCACUCCCCGUCUGCUCCCCGUCUUCCAGGCUGUUCUCAGCGAUGAGAACCAGCUGGAGGAUGAGCGCCGUAGCGAGCUCAUUGAGCUCGUGAAGUGGCUCAACCAGAUGCAGCCUGGCUCUGCCCCCUGGGCUGAGCAGCUGUAA